AUGUUGCGCUCGCCGGUUUCUCCAGAGCGAGGGACGCGGUCUCCGAUUCCUCCCCCUCCUGCUUCCCAGAGUCCUCCCCCUCCCAUCCCUCCUCUUCCUCGACGUUCCUUUGACGAUUCCUACUCCUACACUUUCUACAACCGUCCUGGCUCCUCUGGAAGUGAUGCCUCGUCGAUGACCUCCAAUGUGACCACCAUCUCGCCUCAGCAAUCCAAUUUCCCGCUGCCGCCUGGCACUGCCUCUGCCUCUGCCUCUGCCUCUGCCUCGCCGCGGCCACCGCGUAUCUCCUCGCUCAACACCGCCAAUCUCACCUCCGCUUCUACUGCCUCUACUACCACUUCGAAUACUACCAACACCACCUCAUCUGCGCGAUCACCUGUCUCCUUCAUGCCGCAUAAUGAGAUCCUGAGUCGAAAGCCUUCGGGACGGGUCGUCCCGGCUGAGCUGCAGCGACGCUCUCGUCACCACUCCCAAGGUUUCUUUGAACCAUCGCUCCCUACCGCUUCUUCCACCGAGGCCUCUUUGUCAGCUUCUCGUAUCGCGGCCCAGACGGCCAUGCUUCAACAACAGCAGCAGCAGCAGCAGCAACAGCAACAGCAACAGCAACAGCAACAACAUCCUCAGAAACAACACCCACAACCUAACAACCUUCAACAUCCCGUGAAACGACCCGCGACCGUACGAGGGGUCUCCGAAGACGGCUCCCGUUCCCGACGCGGCGGCAGCAUCUCGCCCCCUCCCCCGCCUCCCCCACCCCCGACCUUCGCACCCCCCGGUUCGACAGCAGCCAGCGCGACUGGCGCAUCAGCCGGGCAGCCAUCCUACGCAAAUGGCAGCGGCAGCACUAGCACCGCAGCUGGACACGCCCAUGCUGCCACGACAGCGGCCAACGUGGUAUUCCCCCGAAAUCCAGGGCUCCAGCCCCCCGGGCUUGGGCUCGAGAUCCCCCAGGAGCGCGAACACAAACACAAGGGCGAGAAGUCGAAGAUGAAGCUCUUCUCGAAACCCAAGCACAUCGGCAUCAGUCGCGACAAGGACGGGACAGGGAAGGAAAGGGGCCUGCCCUCGCCAAGCAAGAUGGGGUUCCCCAGUGGAGGCUUGUCCCGGAUCGUCAGCGCUUCGACCACCAGCUUGGCGGAGACCUUCCCGUCGAACAAUUCGUCCAUGUACAACCUGUCGAAUGCGUCCGCGAGCACUGUCGUGCCGGCGGAUCGGCCGACAGGGAGCGAGAAAGAGAAGGACAAGGACAAGGAGAAACACAAACACCAUUUCCUGUCGCGCCAGAAGCUGAAGCUGAAGGAUCGCGACGAUCACUACAACCUCCCGCUGUCGUCCGCGUCGAGUAAUUCGAAGCCGUCAGACCCCAAUGCACCGCAGUCCCUAUACUCGUUUACCCCCGCGUCGCCGGGAGCCACCAGCACGACCUUCGGCAAGUCGGUGAGUGGGCUGGAUCUGCUGCAUGGCCUUCGUGAGAAGAAGAAAGAGGAGAAAGCGCAAGCUCAGGCGCAGGCGCAGGCGCAGGCGCAGGCGGAAUCGGAGCAGAUGGAUUGGGCAACUAGUUCACAGGGGCCCGGAGGGUCGCCGGCUGUCUUCCCCGGGCCGUCGUCUUUGGGCAGUUCCUCCGGGCUGAUCGCCGAGGCUGCGUUGCGGGAGACUCUCCAAGGGUUCGGGCUGAAUAACAUGACGCCGGAGGACGCUUGGGACUUUCUGAAGGCGAAACUGAUGGUGAUCUUCGACGGGGAGGACGUGCGCAUUGCGAUUGAGGAUCUCAACAAGCUGGUUCUCGUCCAUAUUCAGCGAUGUGUGCAGAAGCGCACUCCGGCGGCGGUGGUCGACGACCUGAGGGAACUGCUGGAGACCGGAUUCGCUUCGCUGAACCAUACCUUGAACGGGGUGCCGGAUGAGAAGCUGGUGCCGCACCUCGUGCAGGUGUGGAUGCUCGUGUUUGGCACAAUCUUGCCUUUCAUUCAGGCCGUGUUCUUGCCUCUCGACCUGGAAAUCAAGGGCUGUGGGUCUGUGAUGAACCGGCGUGAAGCCAGUGAAUUCUGGGGGUCCGCACGCAAUGCCGAGUACCCUGGCUGUGAGCUGGAUGUGCGUAAUCUGGUUCUUGUCGCCUUCCGCGACCGAAUCAUCCUGCGUCGCUACGAAAACCUGAAGUCGACAUUUUCACGCCUGAGUCUCGACAGCAUCAAGCUCGGCACGGCGGCGCUCAGCGUCACCACCAAGAGCAGUUCCACCAGUGGCGGACGGCCUCCCACCGCUGCCUCGCUUGACGGCAGCGGUGCCGGCGCCGGCUUUGGCAGCUACAGCUCCCAGUCCUCGACACUCCUCAACGCCCAGUCGGGGAGCUACUCCUCCGACUCGUUGCUCGGCCACAACAGCAACAUUAACAACAGCAGCAGCAGUCGCAGCCGCGCCGCCUCCAACACCUCCUCCAAUCCCGACCAGCUGAUCUUCCAGUCUCUCUCCUCGCCGCCCCAGCGCCCGAGCAUCAUCCACCGGGCCAACGCGGCAGCCGACACCUCGCAUAUCAUCACCGAGACCGUCGGCCGCAUGCUGCAGUGCGUCAGCGUCCUGGCCAGCGUGCAGACCGGCGACAAGGCCCAGGAGCAGGUCGAGACGCUCGGCAAGGAUCUGAAGCACAACUGGCUGGGCCGGGGGCGCACCGGCCGCGACCGGCGGGGGUUCGUGGGCACGAAGAUCCGGCCGGCGAUUGUGGCCCGCGCCGACAGUGACGAGUACAUGAAAGAU